AUUUUUUUUUUUUUAUGGAAUCCCGAAUCAGCUUUGACCUCAAUAACAAUCAACGAUCGGCCUGUCCAAACGAGGACUCGCCGGGAGUUGCAGGCGUCUCCCGGCAAGAGGGCGCUGAUGUGCCCCACAACCAACUGUACUCUUGUCCUUCUGCCUUGUGCUGUGGGCCCUUUCUUGUCCGCCCUUGUGCGGCGGCCACUUUCUCCGCUCUGCACCAUGUUUCUCCUUCCUCGGCAAAAAUGACCCCCCACCCCCACACAAAAUAGCUCAAAACACAUUAGUUUUGCCACGACGGCUGCGAAUAACCACUGGUGCCGUGCGUGGACGCAGUUUCAACCGCGUCGUCGUGUUUUGUCCCCCCCCCAACACGCAUACACACACGGUAGAAGAUGACCGCUGGGUGGAAGUUCGGCGCGUGACGUCACCGCCGUCGUGUACUGGUGAUUGACGGCUCGUUUAGGCGAGGUGGGCACAUGUGGAAAGGUGGAUUUUUAAAGCCGGAAAUGGACCUCUAAAUCAGACAAAAGCCACGUUUGUGCUAUAAAGUUGUGUUCAAGAGAAGAGAAGGAGUACGUUUGUCUUGCAGGAGCAUGUAUUAGUGAGGGGAGGUGUUGGAGGAAGAGGAGGACGAGGAGGAGGGUGGUGGAAGAAGAGAUAGACGAGUUGGGGGGGGGGGAGUGCUCCUCGGGAUCCUGGCCUAGUAGUGCCGCCGCCGGGACUCCUGUCGCUCUCAUCCGCUGUCAAAAAUCCGGGAAUUGCCUCAUUUGCGGGGCACGAUGGAGGCGGCGGGGCUCGCGAGGAAGCUGCUCGGCACGGGAAUGGGUGGAACCUUGCCAGCAUGAGUGGGCCACAUGCAGGCCCAACCCGGGACUGCAGCCGCCCUAUAACGCCUGCCCGUGACCUCUUCUGCAACCCCCGAUCCCACCAAAAUAACGACACCCACCCAAUCAUGUCUGCUGCCGCCUCCUCCCUCCAGCGGGCGUCCAUUUACGGCUUUGUGCAGAGAGACCCUUCGCCCCCUUCGUCCACCUACAGCCCCCUUAGGAGACUACAGCAUCUCACCACCAUGGUGAGCCAGCCCGACCUGGUUCUACCCACCCGGGUGGGUAAGAGCUGGGAAUGGGGUUCUGAUGAGAAGGAGCCAGAGCGCGAUUCCUGGGUUGACUGCACCGGCAGGGAUUACUAUGGUGGUAGUUUUGCAAAACAAGCUGAGGUCCAAAAUGGUGGCUCUAAGGAGGAGCUGGUAGCAAGCUGUAGCAGUCCCAUCGUGUCAGAGAGGAAGACGGACGGUUGUUUCUCAUGCCCACCCAGCCCGGCCUUUUCUCUUGAUAGCAACAGCCCCUUUGCAAAUGGCCUCCUUCAUUUUGAAUCCUCUUUGUUCGAGGAAGAGGAUAACAACGAUGGCGAGAGAGGGCAGCAGCAGGAGGCGUUCCAUGCCAUUGUAGACUCCGAAGAUAAACCUGAGACACCAGAGAAUGAGCUUCAGUCCGUCUCUGUGAACUUACAGUCGGAGUCCAAGGAUACAAAUGUUCCAUCGGCGAAAGUCAUCACCCGAUCCCAGUCAACGGGCUUUCGCCGAAGGUACUGGGAUGUUUCUGAUGACGAGUGGGAGAGUGACACGGAUCUCUUCCUUUUCGGUGAUAGCCCCUCCAGGCAUUUGAUGAGCGACAUGAAACGAAGCUCUGUGCCACCAGUCAAGUUCCUUGAAGGCGAAGUCAUUUGGGCAAAGUUCAACCGACGGCCGUGGUGGCCCUGUGAGGUGAUAGUUGACCCUACACAAGGAGCCUAUCACAGAGUGAAAGAGCCCAGCGAUCGGCCCUGUCGACUCUAUCACAUCAGAACUUUUGGGAACCCAGAGGAGAGAACCUGGGUGGAGGAUAAAUCAACUCACAUUUUUCAUGGAGGCUUUCAGUUUGAGCAGCUCGCGCAACUGCGCCGAAAGGGGAAGCAUAGGGGUCAGAACCACAAUUACACGAUUGCUAAACGGUAUGAGGUGUCUUGGAAAGCCGGUGUGGCUGAAGCCGAAACUAUUCUCCAGCAAAGACCCAACAUAGACUCUUUAACUAUGGAAAGUGCUUUCCAAGACACUGCACCAAUAGUGACCAAGUCCUGUCCAGCUAUUUUGCCUUCUCCUCCACCUGCCUCCACUUCCACAAAGGAUUCUCACAUAAUCAAUGGAUCAAUAUCUUCCAAGAUAUCAUCCACGGUAGAAAAUAAUCAAGGCACUUCAAAGAAGUCUCCUGACGAGAGGGAAGACAGUAACUCCUCAAAUCAGCAGUCUGAAAAGAUCCAACAUGAUAGCCCCAACCAAUCAGAUAAAAAUGGAGAGUGCCCUUAUUCGGACCUUGACUCAGUCCCUAAGAUUUUGUGUCCUAAAGCACUUGAACGUCAAAUUAUGAUGACUCAGUCAUCUGGGAAUGUCCUCAAGGAUGAAAAAAAACAACCAGAGACGCAAAGUGGUCAUUGGUUCAGUAAGUCGGGCAAAGAUAGGCGACCUAAAACUGUUACUCCAGAUCGGCCUGAUCGUACUCUUUUCAGCAAUGUGCCCAGUAAGAAAAAAAUCCCUGUAGUUAAAAACAUGAUAGCUCAAGGGGAUUCGCCCUCCUACACUGGGCAAGCUGACCAGUCUGGAUUUGAAAAUGCUGACACAAAGCUUGUGUUUGAACAGUCAUGGCAGUUGGACUCUCAAAACAUCAUUGUAGCUAAUAAAUCUUUUGAAAGUCCUGCUGAGCUUUUGUCACAACACGAGCAAUUAAUGGAUUCUUCAGACCCUCUUAGCUUGUCACAAGUGCAAGAGUCUGUAAGCUUUUCUGAACCUCAAGGAUUUUCACAAAAUCAGCAGUCAGUGGGUCCUAUAGACCCUCAAGGAUUACUACGGAACCAGGAUUCUCAGGGUUUUUCUGCCUCUCAAGUAUUGUCUCAAAAACAAGAGCCUGUCUUGUCUUCUGACCCUCAAGAGGCAUCACAAAAGCAGCUGUCUGUGGAUUCCUCUGACCAUCAAGGACUAGCACCAAACCAUGAUUCUAGGAAUUGUUCUGACCUUCCAUGGUCUUCAGAAAAAUACAAGUCAGUGGUUUCAUCUGACCUUCGAGGAUCGCCUCAAAAGCAUGAGUCCAUGGAUUCUUCAGACACUCGAGAACCAUCACAAAAGCAAAAAUCUGUGGAUUUGUCUCAUCCUCAGGAAUCUUCACAAAAACAGAAUCCUGUCACUUCUUCUGACCCUCAAGAAUUGUUCCAAAACCUAGAGUACAGAGAUAACUCCAAAUCCCGAGGAUUGUCACAGAAUCAGGAGUCACUGGAUUCAUCGGACCGAAGAGAAUCGUCCAAAAAACAGAAGUCACUGGAAUAUCUUGGCCCUCAAGCAUUGUUACAAAAGGGGUCCAGGGCGUCAUCUGACUCCCAAAUGUUGUCACGAAAGAAUAGAUCUGUGGAUCGUUCUGACCGUCACAGUUUACCCCUAAGGCAGAAAUUGCUGGAUUCUUCUGAUCAUCGACAACUGUUGCAAAAGCAGAAAUCUGUGGAUUCGUUUGGCCCUCAAGGAUUGUCACAAAAGCAUAAGUCUCUAAAUUGUUCUGACGCCUCAAGAUCAUCAAUAAAUCCUACGUCAGCGGAUUCUUUUGUCCCUCAAGGAUUGUCACCAAAGCAUAAGUCUCUGGAUUUUUCUGAUGCUUCAAGAUCAUCGAAAAAUCCUACAUCAGCGGAUUCUUUUGCCUCUCAAGGGUUGUCACAAAAGAACUUUAGGGUUUCUUCUGACCACCGAAAAUUGUCACAAAAUCAGACGUCAGUUAACUCUUUCAAACGUCAAAGACCUACACAUAAGCAAGAAUCUAGGGAUUCAUCUGACCCUCGUGGCUCAUCACAAAAGCAGAAAUUUGUGGAUUCUUCUAACAAUCAAGUAGCACCAAAGCAAGUGUCCAGGAAAUACUCUUCAGAUCCUCAAAGAUUGUCACAAAGUCUGGAGUACAGAGAUUUUUAUGACCCGCAUGGAUCAUUACAAAAUCAGGAGUUUGUCGAUUCUCCUGACCAUCGACGAUUAUCUGAAAAACAGAAAUCUGUGGAUUCUUUUUGUCCUCAAACAUUGUCACAAAAGAGGGAGUCCAGCGAUUCUUCUAACCCCCAAACAGUGUCACAAAAGCAGAAGUAUGUGGAUUAUUCUGACCCCGGAAUAUUAUCACAAAAGCAAUCUAGGCAUUUUUCUGGCUCUCAGCAAUCAUUACAAAAGCAGGAAUUCGGGGAUUGUAUUGAUGUCCACGGAUCAUCUCAAAAACAGAAAUUAUGGGAUUCUUCUGACCCUCAAGAGCCGUCCCAGAAUAACUCAAUGGAUUCUUUUGGCUCUCACAGUUCAUCACAAAAGCGGGAGUUUGUGGAUACUUUUGACCCCCGAAGAUUGUCACAAAAUCAAAAAUCAGUGAAUUCAUCUCACUCCCGAGGAUCAUCACAGAAGCACAGGUCAGUGGAUUCUUCAGUCCCCCAAAGAUUACCACAAAAGCAGUGGUCAGUGGAUUCUCCUGACCCACGAGGAUCAUCACAAAAGCAGAAGUCUAGGGACUUCACUGACAUUCGGAGAUCACAAAAGCUGAAGUCUAUGGAUAAUCAUGACUCCUCCGGUCUUUCACAAAAGCAGGAAUCUAGGGAUUCUUCGGACCCCGAAGGAUUGGCACAAAAACAGGAGUCCAAGUAUUAUUCUGACCCUCGGGUUUCGUCACAAAAGCUAAAGCCGGUAGAUUCUUCUGAUACUCAAGGAUCAUCACAGACGCAGGAGUCCAGGGGUUCUUCUGACCCUUGUGGAAUAUCAUACAAGGAGAAGUCGAUUGAUUCCUCUGAAGCUCGAAGAGCAUCACAUAAACGAAAGUUAGUGGAGUCUUCUGGCUCUCGAGUGUCAACACAAAAGACAGAUUACAGGGAUUCCUCUGACAUCCGAAGACAGUCACAAAAGCAGAAGUCAAAGUAUUCUUCUGGCUGUUCUGAAACAUCACGUAAGCAGAAGCCACUAGAUAGGUCUGAGCCCCAAAGAUCCUCUCAUAAGACAAAUUUAGUGAAUUUUGACCCUAGAAUAGCAACACAGAAUCUGGAGCGCAGGGAUUCCUCUCAUCUCCGAAGAUCAUUACAAAAGCAAGAGUCCAAGUAUUUUUCAGACCCAAGAGUUUCAUCUCAUAAACUGAACUGCAGGGAUUCUUUUGACCCUCGAGGAACAUCACAUAAGCCAAAGUCAGUAGAUUUGUCUGGGCUCCGAAGAUCAUCACAUAAACAGAAAUCGAUGGAUUCUUAUGACUCUAAAGUAUUAUCACAAAAGACUGAUUAUAGGAGCUUUUCUGACCCCCGCCGAUCAUCACAAGUGACAAUAGAAUCUUGCAGGCAUCCUAAAAAGUGUGGCUAUUCAAAGGAUCUGCAAAUUAUCUCUUAUUCUAAACACUCUGCCAAACAUUCUACUUCUCUAAGUAGCACACGUGUUAAAAAGUUCAGCAAGAGAAUUGAUGUAAAGCGCAGUAGUCAACUUCAUUGUAAAUUGAGGGCUAGUAAAAGGGUUGCUCUUCAUAAAUGUUACCAGACAGAAAGAAGGGAAAGUAAUUCCAAACCCAGUUCAAAUGAAGUAUCAACUGACCUGCAGGCAAUAUUAGACCUUCAGAAAUCUCUGAUUACCAAUUGUAAACUACCUUUUGUUAAGCUGGUACGUGAAGACAUAAAUAUUAAGAAUUACUUGAAGUCUAAUUUAACUAUUUGUUGCAAUGACCAAACUGUACAUCCAAACAGUAAGGAAGUCCUAAGCACAACAGUUGCUCACUCCUCUGUGUCAGACCUGGUGGACGAAACAGCACAUGACUCUAAAAAUAGUGUAGAGAAAAAUGUUUCUGAUAAUUGUGAAGACCAAAGUGUUUCUAGAAAUACUGAAGACAACGGUGUUUCCGGAAAUACAGAAGAGAAAACGUUUUCUAGAAAUAGUGAACGCAAAAGGGUUUCCGGAAAUAGUGAAGACAAAAGUGUUUCCAGAAACAGCGAAGACAAAAGCGUUUCGAGGAAUAUUGAGAACAAAACGGUUUCCAGAAAAAAUGAAGACAAUCCUACGUCCAGAAAUAGGGACUACAUAAUUCCGAGAAUUGGUGAAGGCAAAAAUGUUUCUGGAAAGCUUGAGGACAAAAAUGUCUUGGGAAAAAUUGAGGACAACAGAAAUCAUUUGGACAAAAGUUUUUCUGUGAGUAGUGACCACAAACUUUUCUUCAGAAAAAAUGAGGAGAAAAGUCUUUCUAGAAAUAAUGAAGACAAAUGGAGUUUUACAAAUGCCGAAGGCAAAAGUGUGUCCCGAAAUAGUGACGACAAAGGUGUGUCUGGAAAUAGUGAAGAUGAAUGUUUUUCCAGACAUAGUAAAGACAAAAUGAUUUUCACAAUUGGCGGAAACAGAAAAAAUGAGGACACAAGCCUUUCUAGAAAAAAUGAAGACAAACCUGUGUCUAGAAAUUAUGAUCCCAUAACUAGUCCUAGAAAUACAGAAAAGAAAAGUGUGUUUAGAAACUAUGAUGAUCCAAUUGUUUUCAGAAAUAGUGCAGACAAAAGUGUGUUCAGGAAAGAUGAAGAUCCAAUUGUUUACAGAAAUAGUGCAGACAAAAGUGUAACCAGAAAUGAUCCAGAUAGUUCAGAAUCGCAGAUGGCAUCGACAGAGGCCGAAGUAAAUUUGGAAACUGGUGGCUCCAACAGUACUACCCUUUCAUUUGACCUUUCACAAAGCUCACAGAACCAUGAGACCUUUGUCCCGAGCUCGGUGGACAUCACAACCACUGCUGCCUCCCAGUCUGAUCGAAAUUUAGUAUCUGGGAAUAUUCAAGUGCUCCAAGAGCCAUUGGUCCUUAAGACAAAUGCCCUUACAUCACAGACCAUCCCUGAUAAAUUGCCUGAAGUUCUACCACAAGAUCAGCCUGCCCAUCUUCCAGCCAGUAAUCGAUUGAUGACUAGAGCUCUGAAAACAAUGAAGGUGCUGGAAAAUGUGAAGCAUAGAAAGGUUAAAAAGAAGGCUGCUCAGAAAGAACUCUUUCGUCGUAGCAAAAACCAGGCAGACCAUAAGUGCCAUUCUAAGAACAGCGCUUUGAAUUCAGAAAGCAAUUUGGAUGUUUUCUCUAAAGUAAAAACGGUCAAAUCCCAAAGUAGUGCCAUUUGUGACCUUGAUCAGGACACUGUUUCUAGUUGUAAUACGCCUCCUUUGAUGUUUCAUGGUUAUACUGAAGUCAAAUGUGAAGAGGAGGUCCUUUCAUUAUCUUCAACACCUCCAAUGGACUUCAUACCCCUUACCUCCAAGGUAAAGGAGGGGGAACUAAGCACCCCUUUAUCGUCGCCUUCCUCACCAUUUUCUUUUAUGAAUUCUUUGAAAAACGUGAACGAGAUGUCCUUCCAAUCCGUGACUGACGAGGCCAAUGGCAAAGCCCUCGUCUUCAAACCAGACAUGAACUACAAGUUUAGCACUUUUCUUAUGAUGAUGAAAGACAUGCAUGACACUCGUGAACGUGACGGGGCUCCCUUAGAACUGGAGAUUGGACCGCCAAGUGCCCAUGUCAAAGAGGAGCCCUUGGUGAUGCCUGGAAUGACUGCACUCAAAAGUCUAGAACCGGGCAUUGUGAACGAUGAUCCAGAUUUUAGGCCAUACAGGCAUUCAAGUAAAAGUCGCAUGCCCAAGGGGCCUUACAAGAGAAGAAGCAGCUCCACUUGGAUGAAGACUAAAGCUGACCUCAAAGUGCAUAGUCGUCCUGCCAGGUCUGGACCUGGUUACCCAGGUGUGGGGUCCUUGCUAGGAAUUGACUUUUCCUCAGUGCUGGAUUACUCGACGAAGGUCCGAUCCCUGUUAGAUGUGCAGGCCUGCCACUGGGAGUCACGGGCCAGGAAUGAUGAGGGAUUGUUGAGGUGGGGCACAGACUUUGAACAGAUGAAUAGUUUUGUCUCCAACUGCACCGAAGCCAAGACCAGCCUGGCCUGCAGCACCGGAGAAGGCGAAGACAAUUCAUCAGCUCAUAAACGAAUACGGAAACCGAGCAAGAGGCUCCUGGAAUGGACUGAAGAGUAUGACGAAAUAUUUUCUUCGAGGAAGAAGACCAAAAAGACACUUCCGACAAUUACAAUGGACAACACGACACUUUCAUCGGAACUGCCCGUUUUGGAGAAAAGCGCUCUUGAGCCCCCGUCCCUGGACGCACUUCCUGAAAUCCAGACUCCUCCUCCGGAGGAAAUCACCCUCACGACCGAAUUCCAAAUCCCUAGCGCUGAAAACACAUCCCCGCAGGAGGCGCAGGUGCUCUCCAUUGACACAUUAACUCCGCCUCCCGAGGCCGAUGUGGAACCGUUGCUGAUUAAAGGCCUUGCUGGCGAUACCGGCGGCAGCGUUCCUUUGCUCCAGAAGAAGCGGAAGAGGAAACCAACUCCAAAAAUCCUGGAAUAUUGUCUAGAAGCCGAGGCCUCGGUGGGUUCGAAAAAAAAGAUCAAAAUUGUGAAGAACAAUUCAAUUGCUUCUCCUCAAUCAGCUUAUCCUGAUCCAGAUCCUUUAAAACCGAUGAGCCCGGGAGUCUCCAUGUUGUCACCCACCUCGUCCACGGUGACCCACCCGACCCCCUCCAGCCCUCCUGGGUCCCCCCUGUUGGCACCGGUGCCAUCUGAACAGGCGGAGGACUUGCCUGCAGACAUCCAUCUUCCUCAAGCAGAAGAAAAUUACAAGUACACGACGGAGUCGGAGGGAGAAGCCUCCAUGCUUGACCAGAGCUUCUCCUCCAUGAGAGACGACUCGUCGCUGUGUGACGAGGGAAUCGGAUCCUCCAGGAGGGUCAUUGGGGAGCGAGGGGGCCCUGCCUCCUUGAAGGAGAACGUUUGUCAGGUGUGCGAGAAGACAGGGGAGCUGCUGCUCUGCGAGGGUCAAUGCUGUGGCGCGUUUCACCUGGCCUGCAUCUCCCUGGCAGAGGCCCCCAAAGCCAAGUUUGUGUGCCCUGAAUGCAAGUCAGGCGUCCACACCUGCUUCGUGUGCAAAAAGCGCAGCGAAGAUGUGCGGCGGUGCAUGAUCCCCGUGUGCGGCAAGUUCUAUCACGGGGAGUGCAUCGCCGCCUACGCGCCCACCGCACCAGUCAGCCGUGGCUUCCGCUGCGCCAUCCACGUCUGCCUCACCUGCUUCAUCGCCAACCCGGGCAGCUCCUCGGUCUCUAAAGGUCGUCUGGUGCGGUGUGUGCGGUGCCCGGUGGCCUACCACGCCAACGAUCAGUGCAUGGCGGCCGGAUGUGUGGUUCUCUCCAAUAAUAGCGUCAUCUGCCCCAACCACUUUACGCCUCGGCGUGGUGUCAAGAAUCACGAACACGUGAACGUCAGCUGGUGUUUUGUGUGCACCGAAGGGGGGAGUCUGCUGUGUUGCGAGUCAUGCCCGGCUGCCUUCCACCGUGAGUGUCUGAACAUGGAGAUGCCCAAAGGCAGCUGGUACUGCAACGACUGCAAGGCUGGCAAGAAGCCUCGAUACAAGGACAUCCUGUGGGUCAAAGUGGGACGCUACAGGUGGUGGCCCGCCGAGGUGAGCCACCCCAAAAGCAUCCCAGAGAACAUCCAGCGCAUGAGACACGACGUGGGCGAGUUCCCCGUGCACUUCUUCGGCUCCAACGACUACCUGUGGACCUACCAGGCACGUGUCUUCCCCUACAUGGAUGUUGACGCAAACAGUAAAGAGAAGAUGGGCAAAGGCGUGGAUGCCACAUAUAAGAAAGCUCUCGAGGAGGCGGCGGUGCGGUUUCGCGAACUCCAGGCCGAGAAGGAGCUCCGCCAGCUUCAGGAGGACAGAAAGAACGACAGGAAGCCGCCACCGUACAAACACAUUAAGGUGAACCGGCCGAUCGGAAAGGUGCAGAUUGUCACGGCCGACCUGUCGGAAAUCCCACGCUGCAACUGCAAGGCGACGGAUGAGAGCCCGUGCGGCAUGGACUCAGAGUGCAUCAACCGCAUGCUGCUGUAUGAAUGUCACCCGCAGGUUUGCCCGGCCGGCGAGCGCUGCCUCAACCAGACGUUCAGCAGACGUCAGUACAGCCAGGUGGAGAUCUUCAGGACGCUGUCUCGAGGCUGGGGGCUACGCUGCGUGCACGACAUCAAGAAGGGUCAGUUCGUGAGCGAAUACGUCGGGGAGGUGAUUGACGAGGAGGAGUGCAGGACCAGGAUCAGACACGCCCAGGAACAUGACAUCUGUAACUUCUACAUGCUGACGCUGGACAAGGACCGCAUCAUCGACGCCGGUCCGAAGGGGAACGAGGCUCGCUUCAUGAACCACUGCUGCCAGCCCAACUGCGAGACGCAGAAGUGGACGGUGAGCGGCGAUACGCGAGUCGGGCUCUUCGCGCUGGUGGACAUUGCGGCUGGCACUGAACUCACCUUCAACUACAAUCUGGAGUGUUUGGGCAACGGCAAGACGGUGUGCAAGUGCGGUGCGCCCAACUGCAGCGGCUUCCUUGGUGUGAGGCCCAAGAACAACCCACCGUCGGACGACAAGGGUCGCAAGCUGAAGAGACGUGGCCACGGCAGGCGCAAGAAGAAGGUGGUGGUGACCAAAGAGCGCGAGGACGAGUGUUUCAGCUGCGGCGACGGCGGCCAAAUGGUCUCGUGCAAGAAGCCCGGCUGCCCCAAAGUCUACCACGCGGACUGCCUCAACCUCACCAGGAGGCCCGCCGGACGCUGGGAGUGUCCACGUCACCAGUGCGACAUCUGCGGCCAGGAGGCGCUGUCCUUCUGCGAGAUGUGUCCCAGCUCCUUCUGCACGCAGCACCGCGAGGGCCUGCUGUUUAUCUCCAAACUGGACGGCAAGUUGUCCUGCACUGAGCACGACCCCUGCGGGCCCGACCCCCUGGAGCCGGGGGAGAUCCGCGAGUACAACCCGCAGCCCCGGGCCUUGACGUUGGGCUUGGGGAUGGCCGUCAUCACCCCUUCCUUCUCGUCCUCCGACGGCGCCGCCGACCCGGCCGUACCCGCCGCUGCGCCUCCCGCCCCCAGGAGGGUCCAGGACAUCGGCCGGGAGUCGUUUGCUACCUUUUCCAUCCCGGUGCCCAUCACCAUUCCCGUGUCCACGCCGGCCGUCUCGCCGCCCGCGAGCGGCGGCGUGUUCGACCUGCCGCAGUACUCGCCCAUCUCCUCCUAUGAGGAGGAGAGGGACGUGCUGGAGGAGGACGGGGAAGAGCUGCUGGAAGAUGAGGCUCUGGAAUACCUUGAGAUCAGAGAUGACGACGACGACGAGGAAGAGGAGUAACGCGGUGAAUUGUGAAUAACUUAAUUUAGCAAAUCCCACUGGUGUGUCGUCAAUUCUGUAACAGGAAGCACUCGUGACAAGCUCGGACCAUUUGCGCACACGCCCUCACUCGACGGCUGUAGAAAAUAAAUUUUCUUCGCACGAUGUUGCGCCAUUACCUCAUUUCAAGCUGCAUCCGCACUUGCCAGCCAUAAUAUUAAGUACACCUCACGAGUGAGUGUCAAUAUGAGAGCUGUAGCCAGUAUACUCUGCCUUUUACACGGAUAAUACCAGAUAUCAUUCAGAAUGGCCGAGUACUGAUAUCGGUAUUGGGCAGAUACGCGACUUAUUUCAAGGUAUCGCUGCCGACACCAGAUACAGAUAUUUAAAGCAAAACAAAAUCUGACAGGGUAAAAUCUGCGCCUGUGAUGGUUUGGCACAUUGGCCAAUCAGAAAGAAAUGCUUGCAUUCACAGUUAUUGUAUAUAUAUCAUUGUGUUGAUAUAAAUUUUAGAUAUUAGAAGUACAAGUAUUGGUAGUCUGUAUUGGUGAGUACUCAAGAAUGAAUACUGGGGGGAAAAAAAAGUUGUCAGACAUGAAGUGUAUUUGGCUGAAUAAUCCAAUAUUGUCAUCCCAGAAGGUUUGGCGCGCUCUGCUGAUUUUGGCUUUUUACUGCACCAUUUGGCCCUGGACGCAAACGUCCGUUCCUUGUUCAAAUGUGGCCGGAACAUUUGGAAGGGAACUCGGUUGGUUUGUUUUGUGUAAUCAUGCUCGCGAAAAUAAUACAAUUAAACAUGAACAAAAUGAGGAUCAAAACGAUACCGCUCGGCCUCCGCGCUUACUGGAGAGUUUAAUACUAUUAAAUGAUCACGAGAGUUCAUGUAAGAGUUUCAUAUUGAACUCAUUUUUUAUGUCUAUGAAUUAACCGUUUUUGAUUGUACUUUUUAGAAUAAAUUGUACUAUAAUUAACUCAUCUGACAGACAUUUUCUAAAUAUUACCAGCCGUUUUAGUGCACUUUGAUGUUUCAAGAUCCACAGAAUAUUGCAUUCCCUGACAAUGUAACCAUCAAAAUCACCCCACAAAAAAGUUUAUUUUUCUUUCACUAGAACAAAAAAAAAAGUUCAUUUAGCUUUUUCUAUUCUUGAGUAAUCAGCUGUGGAACGUGAUUGACCAGAAACACCAGUUUCUGACCAAAAAACAAAAGCUUUUUGUGAGAACCUCAACCCAAAACGCUGACUUUGGUGCUAGUUUUUUUUUUUUUUUUUGACACGUCAGCCUAUUUUAAAAAAAAAAAAAAGUAAGACACGACUUUUAAUAGCAAAAUUAUUUAAAGCGACACAGCUAAUUAACAGACCGUGAGCAAGGCUGACUCACUUCUUGGCUCGAGUUAAAAGCCGAAAUGAGAAGAAGAAGAAGAAGAUAUGUUUUAAUUGUUCAAGUUGGAGAUGCCUGAGCUCGGCCAAAUUCAAAUGUGCUUGCAAAGUGAGAGAACGCUGCCAUCUGCAGUAAUCCGUCAGUCAUUGCGACAAUUUCCAGACCUGGAUUUUACACACAAGCUGAGCGAGACUCUCUCCCAUACCAAAAGUGUACAGGCAGGAGUUUUUGACACAGCUUUCAUAUUGAAUCUGACACAUUCACUCGGUAACGCGCUUGGUUCGAUCGCUGCGUCGUGCGUUACAGUCAGCCCCAUACCUGACUGAGCCAGUCGUUCUGGACUAUUCGUUCCCUGCUUUCUGUUCUGCCGGACACUCGUUUUUCCGAGACAGGUUAGGGUACAGGCGGACAUUUUGGACCAUCGGAGCAACCCUCUUUCGACAGGGGGGGCUUCAACUUUUCCCCUCCGGUGUGUGAAGGUGAUGCACCCACAGGGGCACAUCACAGGAUCAUGAUAAAGGACAUUUCUCGGAAUGUGGCGCAAGGGGAGAUUUUAAAAAAAAAAAAAAAAAAACAUAUGGGAAAGGUAAUGGGAUCCAUCCCUUAAUUUAUUGUUGACUCCUUUAAGUUCCAUUCAUCCCUUUUUGUCUUUUUCAUUGUUAGGUUCACAGGUGAGGUGGAGCCUUUCUCAGAUGACUUUUGCGAAGAGAAGUGGGAUGCACGUACAGUUCUUUUUUUUAAUGCCUGGUACAACUCAAGGUACACUAGUUUGAUCAAACAUAACGGCGGUGACAAAAACGGCUCACAAGAGUCCAAUUUUAACAGCUGAUGCCUACGGUUUAUGUAUUUUGGAAUCGGCCGCGUUUCUGUCGUGUUCAUAGUCUUCUUCGGGUAAUCUACUUUUAGUGGUCCCAGGCAGUAAAAUGAAAAUUGAACAAACGCAGAGUGGUCUAAAUAUUUGUUUUCUGUGACUGUGGGGGGGGGAAGCAUUCACAACAGUAGAAAAAAAAAUGUUAUCUUAAAUGACACUCAUGAUUAUGUUUUGGUAGAAAAGCCACUGGGACUGAGCCGAGGUUUAAACCCGGAACAUUUCGACUGUGAGGCAGACUUGUUAACCACUCUCCACUCCCUACACUUAGUCCUCCCUCUCUUGUUGAUCUUAAAACUUUUUGAACCGUUUAUGCGCUUCCAACUUCCAAUUUUGGGGACUUCCCAUUCUAAGACUUUUGGUGCAGACAAGUGAAUUAAAAAAAAACAAACAAAAAAAGUCUUAACACUGAAACACAGGAGAGCGCACUAAGUUGCAGCGUGUACACCGUAGUCAUUUAUUUAUAUUACCGUAAAUGUCACGCACAACAACUGCCGCCACGACGCUUGAGCGCGAGUGUGUCGCCUUCGGGAUUAAAUCGCGUGUAUGUGUGUCAUUUGCCUUAAAGUGUCUUCUCCCCGGAGCUACUUUUGAAAGGGAUGGAUUGGUCGCCCCCGUACUAACACGUCUCAUUCCAGCCGGUUUCAUCUCGCCACCAUCCAUGCGCGCAAAUCUACAGAAAUAUACAGUUAAUAUAAAUAUAUAUAUAUAGAUAUAUAUAUAAGAUGUGAAAUAAGCACUUUGUACUGGCCUCGUUUUUUUUUUUUCUUUCCUGCUCCAACAUGAAGCCAAAAUAAAAAGUAGAUCUGGAAGUGGCAAAUUUCCAUUUUUUUGUUUUGUGUGAUUUGAGUGUACACGACAGUUAAAAAAAAAAAAAAAAAGUCUUUUAGGCUUAAUUCAUGAAUUUCUUAGGUAAAUGAUACAGAUAAAAUAGAUUUUUAAAAAAAUAAUAAUAGAAAGGAGGGCUGCAUGGUGGCUCAUCCAGUAAAGCAUUGGCCGGACAGUUCUGAGGACCGAUGUGCGAUCCUGGCCACGCCCGUGUGGAGUUUGCAUGUUCUCCCCGUGCCUGCGUGGCUUUUCUCCGGGAUCUCCAACAUCCCCAAAACAUGCGACAUUAAAUGGACACUCUAAAAUUGCCCCAAGGUGUGACUGUGAGUGCGACUGUCUCGAUGACUAUUUGUCUCUAUGUGCCUUGCGAUUGGCUGGCGAUCAGUUCAGGGUGUACCCCGCCCGCCUCCUACCCGUUGACAGCUGGGAUAGGCUCCGGCACUCCUCGCAACCCUCGUGAGGAUAACCGGCAAAGAAAAUGGAAGGAUGGAUAAUAGGAAAAAUAUUUUUGGGAAGACUUGAAAAAAAAAAAAUGGAAGUGGCUCUGAAUCAACUGCAAAAAUUGAAUUUCUUGUCAAGGAUGUGGAAAUUUUGUGGGUUUUGGGGGAUUUCACUCACUUCACGACAAUUAUUUUUUACAUGCACAAACAUUUAUUUUACAAUAUAUGAAAUAGGGUGUAUGUUUAAAACCAGCAAAAUUAUUAUUAUUAUUUUUUUUUUUUUACAAAGCAGCACAGAAUCAUUUUGUACUUUCGGCCACAUUCGCGCUUUUUCAAUAUGCACAUGAUACAGAACAUUUUCUGAAGCUUGUAAUUCCUCAGUCAAUCAUCAGUGUAACCUCUUUGUGUAUUUGUUUAAAAAAAAAAAAAAAAGAUUUGGCACCAUGAUUUGAAAAGGCAAUAAAUAAGCAAGCAAAGAAAUGCUGGCUGUCAAACAACGCUGCAAAAUAUCUGAGGUGACUUCAUGUCAGUGUGCCUCUUAGAUGUCUUCGUCACGUAAGUUGCCGAAACUUCCCAACAGAGGAUACAAUCGCAAAAAGGCAAAAGAAAAAAAAAAAAAAAAAGUCACUCACUUUUUCAUUCAGGCAGCUCGGGAAAUGCAAGUUGAGGACCCCGCAAGAAGUCCAGAUCUCAAUCUUUUGUUUCAUUAGCCAGCGGUGGGCUGAAUUUUCACAUGCAGCCCGCACUGGACGCAGGAGGAGUAGAGACGACGGCAUAAGCCAAAAGGUAAGCAGAGCUACUUUGUCUUGGUUGCUGCACAGAGAGACCGGAAUCCAUUUGACGCCGUGAUCCAUUUUGCUUUAGUUUUGGAGACUCCCGAGUCAUUGUGGUAACAAAAACAGUACCUGCGAAAAGCCCAGCACAAUGUAAAGGACGGCUUGCUUACAGGAGACAGGACCGCCCCCUCAAAACAGACUGACUUUAGUGUAACGUGUGCUCUAAUCCUUGACCCUCUGUGUAUUUUGGUGAAAGCACGUCACUGACAUGAUUAAAACACAUAAC